ACAGUAUGGCCGGCGACAUUAGCUAGCGCUCGCUCAAUGCUUUUCUCUGUAACGGGAACACACGGAAUACAAGGAACCGAACCGCACCGCAUCGCCUGCACGCUUGCCUGCUCCGCACUUCUUGCCUUCCAUUUCCCUCCUUCCCCUACCCCAAAGGAUCCUUAACAACCCGCCACCCUUUCUGCAACCGCUCGCUGGUAUAUAUUUUAUAUAUGAGCGCGCGCGCCCGCACACACACAUGCAUGUAUUUCAUCUUAUAACUUAAUAUAAGAUUACUGCCCCUUCCAAGAUAAAACCUGCUUGGGACGGGCUCAGACCCCAAGAAGGCGCCGCGGCCCUGCCUAGAAGCAACAGUCCUAUCAGCUGUAGCUGGUGUAGGUGAGGGCGGCGGCGACAGCAGCAGAUUUUGGUCGGUGGGGGGGGGGUGUCGUUUUAAUUUCUGUGGUUGGUUUUGCGGAGUUGUCUCACCAUGAUGGAGGAGAACGGUGCACACUUCUUCGAAGGGACUGAGAAGCUACUGGAGGUGUGGUUCGCCUGGCAACAGCCCUCGCCGCAGGAGCCGCACCAAAGUAAUGGCUCCGGCGACCUCCGCACCAUUCCCAGGUUUGAGUGGGACAAACUUCUGGAGAAUGUGCAUUGUUUGAUCAUAAGUGUGACAAAAACUGACAAGCAGGAAGCUUAUGUACUCAGUGAGAGUAGCAUGUUUGUCUCCAAGAGACGUUUCAUUUUGAAGACAUGUGGUACCACCCUCUUACUGCAGGCACUGGUUCCCCUAUUAGAGCUUGCUAGAGAGUACUGUGGGUUUGACUCAAUUCAGAGCUUCUUCUAUUCACGUAAAAAUUUCAUGAAGCCUUCCCACCAAGAGUACCCACAUAGGAAUUUCCAGGAAGAAGUAGAGUUCCUUAAUGAAAUAUUUCCAAAUGGAGCAGCAUACUGCAUGGGCCGUAUGAAUUCUGACUGCUGGUACUUGUAUACUCUGGAUGUCCCAGAGAGUCGAGUAAUCAAUCAGCCAGAUCAAACAUUGGAAAUUCUGAUGAGCGAGCUUGAUCCAGCAGUUAUGGACCAGUUCUACAUGAAAGAUGGUGUUACUGCAAAUGAUGUCACUCGUGUGAGUGGAAUUCGUGACCUGAUACCAGGUUCUGUCAUUGAUGCUACAAUGUUCAAUCCUUGUGGGUAUUCAAUGAAUGGGAUGAAAACAGAUGGAACUUACUGGACUAUUCACAUCACUCCAGAACCAGAGUUCUCAUAUGUUAGUUUUGAAACAAACAUAAGUCAGACAUCCUACGAUGACCUAAUUAGGAAGGUCAUAGACAUUUUUAAGCCAGGAAAAUUUGUGACAACUCUCUUUGUUAAUCAGAGCUCAAAAUGUCGCACCGUGUUUUCUUCAGCCCAGAAGAUUGAAGGUUUUAAGCGUCUUGAUCGCCAGAUUGCCCAGUUUAAUGACUACAACUUCGUUUUUACCAGUUUUGCCAAGAAUAAGCAGCAAAGUUGAUUAGGAGGAAUGAAGAAGAAAAAACGCAAAAAUAUACCCAAUAGAGAUGGUGGUGGUUGCUUUCUAGUAAAUGAUACAAGGGGCCAUAUUUUUCAUAUCCACCUUGUAGUUGCAGAAAGCCCUAGAUGUAAUCAUAGUAUAAUUUUCAAUUGUAUGCAUUAUUAUAACAGAGUUUUAGAUAUAUUGCAUGAACACUCUCUUCUGUGUUUAGAUAUUCUAUUUCACUUUUGCCGUGAAACUGAAGCGCAUGUAGAAACAUUUUACUGUAUGAGACUCUACAGCAUUUAUAAAAACGAUUCAAAUAGGUUUACAUGCAACAUAGUUUUUCUCCAAGUAUCACCAAAAAUUCCCCACAGACAAGGAUUUCGUCCUCAUUAGAAUUUCCCCUAGAUUUACUUAACUAAAAGACUUAGCUGCUAAUUUUUUUUCAUUUGUAUGCUGUAACAAAUUUUAAAACAAUUAUUGAAUGUGUGGUUUCUAAUUGGCACGUUUUUACAACUGAAUGACAGAUUAAAACUCAUAGUUUAAGAUGUUGAAACUGAUACUGGUAGAACAAAACUGGUUAUUCUUAAUGGGAUAUUUUCACUUUAAAGAUAUCAAACAAUUUUUAUCACAUUGGAUCUGCAUACAAUUCUACAAUGAAUUGAAGUGGCAAUUUGCUGUGGUUAGCACAUUACCUUUUCACCUAUGGGUGAAAAUAUAUUUGUUUUUUGUCAACAUGUUACUUUUGACAGUUGUGUAAUUUUUGGCAAACCCAUUCUUGCUCCAUGUCCUUUGUUUAAAGGCAACCCAUAGCAAUUGGUGGCAGUCAUUGGACAUCUGUUUUAAGUAUAUAAACAAAAAUUUGACAAUUAAGGUCACAGUUGAUUACAGGCUUUUCACAGAGUUCAGUUGCAGUUUUGGCAUCUAGGAACUUAAUCGGUUAGGAGAUUGGUGCGCUUCAUGGUAAUUUUAACAGAGAAAUUUGGUAGAAAACGGUGAUUUCAAAUUACUGCACAAAAUAGCUGCCAUUUCUUACUGUGAAAUAUGCUGGCUCAAAUAUUAACUUUAUACUAAUUCAAACACAGGCCCUUCCACUCUGUAAUGUCCUGUGACAACAAUGCAUGUGAUGUUUAAGCUAAAUUUAGCAAUAUUGUGAAUUCAUCUGUGUUUCUUCCUAAUUAAUAUGCAGUUCUUUUUUACAUGGUGUAGAAGGCAUUGGGUGAUUUCACUGCAGUAAGCAAAUAUGAGGAGCCUAAAUACAGUCAUGUAAAACAUUUAUAUGUAGUACAUUAGUAACAAAAUAGACAUGGAUAUUGCUUCAUGGAUAUUAAACGCAAGUUCCUGAGAGAGCAUGUUCAGUCACCUGAAAUGCUGUGGGAAUAUCAGCUGUUGAGACCAGCAAAUCUUAUAGAUGUGUCAUUCUAAUCCUUGGCUAUGUUUUUGAUUAUGAGUGCUUUCUUCCUUUUGUAUUCAUAAAGGAAACAUUUUUAGUGUUUCUAUGUUACUUGCUUGGAAAUCAAGCAAUUGGAACAUUUUUUUCCUACCAAAAUCAAUAAAUGUUGUUUCUGUGUAGCACCUAGCAGUUUAUGGUGCUUUUGCUUUUUAAGGGCCAAUUUUUCAAAUGUUUUUAUAAAGAGUACUCCAAGUCAAUAGCACUCUUUGACUUGAGAUCUGUUCGACUACAGAUUCCUUGAAGUAAUGCUGGAAAUGCAAAACUUAUACAUAAGCCUUGGAUAGAAAUAAAGCAGUUCAAUGGAUCUUCAUGAAUUAGUAGGCUGAACAAAAUGGGAGGGGGAUAUGUUUGGUGUUUAAAAUUAUCUCUGGUGUUAGACAUGGAACAUUAAAAUGUACAAAGAUAUAUCUGUACCAGAAAUCAUAAUGCUUCAAUAAAAGUUUGCUUUCUAAGCUGUCACAAAUAGUAAAAAUGCUACUACCCUGACUUAGAUAAUUCUGCUUUGUGUUUCUAACAACAAAGCCUUGAUACUAAUUAACAGAUGUUACCUGUAUUUUCUCAAUAGACCCUUUGUGCUACUGAAUGCCAGGGAGAUUCAAGAAGAUUAAAUCUACUGGAAAUGAUAUUCUUGUUAAUCAAACUAGAACUCUGUUUCUAUUCAAUGAUAAAGCAUGAUGAUUAAGAAUGAAAGCUGAUAUUAAAGAUCUUUAAAAGUC